AUGGGUGCAGGCCAAAGUCAAGAACAAGCAUCGAAUGACGACAAAUCUUCGAGGGCCGACGAACCGCAACGCCAUCAGCCUUCAAAUGUAGUACGUAUCGAGCGAACCGAAAUACCCGAAGAAUACCGGGCCGUUGGCGUCUCACGUGCGGUUGUAAACAGAGUGAUGGCCUCACAACCGCCGACGGAAGAUGCGGAUAAGAUACAAUUUUUAAGGGAAAAACUGAACGAGGAACGUGCCGCGAACGAACGUCUACGUGAGCAAGUCUACCAUCUGACGGAACUCCAGCAGAAGCAGUCUUCUGCGUACGUGCCAAAUGGUCCGUCCGUCCUUGAUUCUGAUAGAUUUAGAUUCAAGUUAGAUGCAGAGAGGGGUGCGGGUAAGAUUACGCUCGAGGAAAUGGAGGAGCGUAAACGCGUUUUCAACGAAACCAUCGAACGCGUCGAACGGAUGUUUUUCGAUCAUCAGCUGGAGAAUGUGUGCGAAUCGAAUGAAAAAGAUAUAAUGGAAUGUUUACAAAAAAACAAGACGCGUCUACUGAACUGUUCACCGUUGGUGAACGGUUACGAGAACUGCGUGGCGGAGAUGAGGUCGCGGGUGCUGUCCGAGGUUCAGACAGCCUGA